GGCCCUAAAGCAUUUCGAGAAUGAAGGCAGAAAGGCAAACUUCCUCGUAGUGGGCUCUCCUUUCUUACAAUCUCGGCCUCCAGACUUAUGUUCUUCAUUUUCCUGACAUUUCAGGAAAAUUUGGCCUACGGGAUUCAUUAUAUCCGAGGUUCAACUUUAUAUCCGCAAAUUUAACAAAAAUGCCUCGGAAUGCAUGCAAUACGUCCUUCCUAGAGUACGGAAUUGCUGUCAUUGCAUAUAUAACUGCAAGACAGUCACCAAGUAUUUAUGAAUAUGAAGAUGAGAACUUAUUUCUGAAUGAUAAGAAAUCUGUGCCUAGCCUUCAUGACCCUGCAACACGUGAACUUUCUGUAGUUAUACCUUCAUAUAAUGAAGAAGAACGAUUACCAUCAAUGAUGAAUGAAGCUCUAGAUUAUCUAGAGAUGAGACAGAAGCAAGAUCCUUCAUUCACAUAUGAGGUCAUAAUAGUUGAUGAUGGCAGCACAGAUCAAACCACAAAGGUUGCACUGAGGUACGUUAAGAAGUAUGGUAGUGACAAAGUGAGAGUACUCACUCUGCUGAGGAAUCGUGGAAAGGGGGCAGCUGUUAGAAUGGGUGUAUUUUAUUCACGAGGAAAAAGAAUAUUGAUGGCAGAUGCUGAUGGAGCUACAAAAUUUAAAGAUAUUGAAAAAGUAGAAAAAGGUCUUGAGAGUCUCCAACCCUGGCCUGAAAUGAUGGCUAUUGCCUGUGGCUCUCGGGCUCACUUAGAGAAAGAUUCCAUAGCACAGCGUUCAUACUUCCGAACCUUUCUAAUGCAUGGAUUCCACUUUCUAGUCAGGUUCCUUUGUGUUAAGGAUAUCAGAGACACGCAAUGUGGUUUUAAACUCUUGACUCGGGAGGCUGCUUCUCGGACAUUUUCAGCUCUUCAUAUAGAACGUUGGGCUUUUGAUGUGGAACUUCUUUACAUAGCUCAAAGCUUUAAAAUCCCAAUAUCAGAGAUUGCUGUCAAUUGGACAGAAAUUGAAGGUUCUAAGUUGGUUCCCUUCUGGAGUUGGUUGCAGAUGGGAAGGGACCUGCUUUUUAUACGACUACGAUACCUGACAGGUGCUUGGAAACUUGACACCAGAAAAUUGAAUUAAUUUAUUCAUCACCAAAGGAUUGUUUUGAUAAAAAAAAUAUAUGAUUUUUUUCAACAGUAUAAAUUAAGGAGAGAAAUGGAUCAUGCAUUACAAUUUUUUUUCUGAAUUUUCUCCAAUGGCCAAAAAUACAGCUUUUUUUCAGCCUUUUUCUUUUCAAAUACUGAAAUCAGUCUUCUUUUAACUUUUGUUUUCCAUUUGUACAAAAUACUGAUGGACAUUUAACUUUAGAAAAUGGCAUUUCACUCUGGAUUGCUAUUGCAGGGUCUGGAUUGCUAUUGCAGGGCCUGGUGGCUCAGCAGACUGAUAGCAUUGUGAUUAACACCAGCUGUCUGCAGUUAUUGUAAAUUCGAAUCUCACCAGGCUCAAGGUUGACUCAGCCUUCUAUCCUUUCUAAGGUAGGUAAAUUGAGGACCCAGUUUGUGGGGGCAAUAAGCUGACUUUGUAUAAAUAUACAAAAGUAUGAAGGCUAUUGCUUAACGCAUUGUAAGCUGCCCUGAGUCUCCGGAGAAGGGCGGCAUAUAAAUCAAAUUAAAAAAAAAAAAUCUACAAAAUCUAUAAAAUUUUUUCUACAAAAAAAGCAAAUAUAACCAUAGCAAUGUGUGUGUUUUUGCAUACAUCACAUUUCUUUGCAUAAAUUAUAGUAUCAGUUUCCUGAGUACUGUAAUACUGUACAGUAGUUAUUGUAAUCAGUUAUAUUGCAGUUUAUUUUUGUGAAAGAAUAUUCAGAAAUUGGACUUUUACAUUAAAUUCAAUAUAAAAUUGC